CAACCCUCUUGAUCUCAGCCUCAUCAUGACAGCUCGCGGCUUCUGGGACCUCUGGGUAUUGAUGGGUUCUGCCGCAUUUCUGCUGGUCCGCGGACAAAACCCACAACAGGGCAAUGCAGACAAUGGUCACUGGAGACAGAUGAUCCAGUGGGAGAAUAACGGAAGGCUGUACAGUCUCCUGAACUCCGGCUCGGAGUACGUCCCGGCGGGCCACAUAAGAGCCGAGAGUAGCGCCAGAGUGAUGUUGGCCGAUGCUGCCACCAACCAAGGACAACGGACUGCAGGCAACACUCGGCGGCAAGCACCAACCUUACCCAUCAGGUCAGGAUCUGAUACGGUCCGUGGACAAACUAGGCACCCCUUCGGCUUUGGGCAGGUCCCAGAGAACUGGAGAGAAGGAACCGCCGGAGAGAGCAAUUCCAACUUCCAUCGUCCAUGGUCCGCCACUCCUCGUCAGCGGCAGGUGGGCGCUGCAUCUUCGUACGUCGCGUUUGGACAGCUCUACCGCAGGGCUCCUACCUCAGCCCCUUACGCCAACCAGUACGAGACCUAUGACCCGCAGGGGGCCCGGGUGUACGAUGAGAGCCAAUACUACCGCACCACUGGGACGUGGGGUGGUGCCGUGGCCGCCGCAUCAGCCAGCGCUGGAGUGGUGAACCCGUUUCAACCCAGAGUGAGGUACGAAGAGUAUGCAGAGGAGCAGAAUCCCUACCAAGCUCAACCUUACGCCCCUGUCCAGGAGAGGCCCUACGUGCCUCCCGCCAACAGCUCCCAUCUCGAUGGCUUAGACAGACGGUAUUCCCACAGCCUCUACCACGACACUGGAACUAGCUUUGACCAAAAUGUCCCAGAUUCCUACCCGUCCACUCAGAACCAGGGCCAAGGAGUCCCCCUCGCAGAUAACUUGCAUGUCCGCUCCGGAUCGCCUGCCAAUGCUGGUCCCGGCUACAGCAACGAGCCAUGGGCGAGGCAGUAUCCUCCCUUUGGGCAGGUUCCCGAAGAGCCUUACGUUCCUGCUCGCAACGUGGAACCCCAGCCUCCUUUCCGGCCCUUAGACCCCCAUGGGGUCCCUCGGCCUGAGCCCUACCUUCCUAUCCGGACUUCCGAAACUCCCCAGUUGAUUCCAGACAACCAAGGAGUCAACCAAGGCCGCGUGAGCGUGGGCAGCGUCUACAGACCAAAUCAGAACGGACGCGGGCUCCCUGAUCUUGUGCCGGAUCCAAAUUAUGUCCAAGCAUCCACUUACGUUCAGAGAGCUCAUCUCUACUCACUCCGUUGCGCAGCUGAAGAGAAGUGCCUCGCAAGCACGGCUUAUACCGCGGAAGCGACCGAUUACGACGUCCGGGUGCUACUGCGUUUCCCGCAGCGAGUGAAGAAUCAGGGGACAGCGGACUUCCUGCCCAACCGAGCCCGUCAUACUUGGGAAUGGCACAGUUGCCAUCAGCAUUAUCACAGCAUGGAUGAGUUCAGCCAUUACGACUUGCUGGAUGCUUCCACGGGGAAGAAGGUAGCUGAAGGCCAUAAAGCUAGCUUCUGUCUGGAAGACACCACCUGUGACUUCGGGAAUCUCAAGCGCUAUGCCUGCACAUCACAUACCCAGGGUCUGAGUCCAGGUUGCUACGACACUUACAAUGCUGACAUAGAUUGCCAGUGGAUUGAUAUCACCGAUGUUCAGCCCGGGAAUUAUAUCCUAAAGGUUCAGGUAAAUCCCAAAUAUAUCGUGAUGGAAUCAGACUUCACCAACAACGUGGUAAGGUGCAACGUUCACUACACCGGGCGCUAUGUGGCCACCACAAACUGCAAAAUCUCCCAGUCUUGAUUUCAACCAGGAUGGGAGCAGAUCUUCCACCACCUCGCGUCCUCGUCCUCUCGUCUCCUGCAAAAAGCCUCCCGCAAGGUGUAGCCCACCUGGGAGGGACUGGCCUCAUCGCACCUGGGGGAGGGGGCUCUAUACAGAAAUGGGAAUUCUUCCACAGCUUCUUCUUCUUCUUCUUUUGAGACUAUGUUAAAAUGAAAAUGUGUCACUUUAAUAAUACUUUUUAUAAAUACUUUUGUUCUGAA